AAAGGCCAAAAAUGAGCUGGAAAAAGAUGGUGCUCACGAGUAGAGGUGGGAAUUUAAGUAAGUGUGUCCGCUCGUGUUUGUUUUUUCGUCGUUGCAAAAUGAGUUUUUGCCAACUAGUGUCUGUGAAUAAUAUGCACGACCCGAUCCCCUUGCCAGACAAAGAGUCCGUUUUUAUCGGAAGAACUCCUGAGACGAAGAUCGUUGACAAGAGGUGUUCACGUGUCCAGUUGGAGAUCAAGGCUAACUGGAAGAGAAAGGAGGUCAUGGUGACCCAGUUAGGCGGCAACCCGUCCGCGAUUGACACGAGCGAACUCGUCAAAGACAAACCGACCAAACUGAAGCAGAGCUCCACACUCUACGUUCUGGUCGGUCUGUAUCCUCACAUCGUGAAAUUCUCCAAAGAAAAAUACCAACCUCCGAAAACCGAAGAAUCACCUGUUAAGGAAGCCAACACUGGGACUGAUCCUAAACCAGCAGAGAAAGAUCAGAUGAAAAAUGAAAAUGGUAAAAUGUCGCGAAUCGCGGUUUCGAAGAAUGACAGAAAAAGAAUGUCUUCUGAAAAGGUAGAUGAAGAGUGUAAGAAACGGAAGCUUGAACACAAUGAUUCCGAUCUGGAAAGUGUGAGAUCUGUUGAAGGAAAGCUGAAGAUGCUGAAAGAUUCGGCGAAGAAGACGAAACUUGAUGGAUGGUUAAACUCUCCACAUAAAGAAGAUCGGAAAGUCGAGAUAGUGAAACCUGAGUUGUCUCCCCAUAGUAUGACCACACAAGAGUCGUCAUGGCAACAACACGAGAAGUUGUUUAUUUAUACAUCAAAAGAUGUUCAGGCUAGAGAAAAGAUUGCAGGUUUUGAUAUUGAUGGUACAAUCAUCACGACUCAGUCUGGACGGGUUUUUCCCACUCACAUUGGAGACUGGAGAAUACUGUAUUCAGAAAUGUAUGGAAAACUGAAGAAGCUUCAUGCUUCUGGUUACAAGAUAGUGUUUUUCACAAAUCAGCUUGGAGUUUCUAGAGGGAAGAUAAAGAUCGAAGACUUGAAGGAAAAGCUCAUCAAUGUUGUGUCAAAGUGUGCAGUACCUGUGCAGAUUUUGGUUUCCACCGGAUCAGGUCUGUUUCGGAAGCCAUGUUCUGGAAUGUGGCAGCACUUUUGUAAGAAGCUGAAUAACUCGGUGAAAGUGAACAUGAAGGAAAGUUUUUACUGUGGAGAUGCGGCGGGAAGACCUCAGAACUGGUGUCCGGGACGGAAGAAAGAUUUCUCAUGCAGUGACAGAUUGUUUGCACUGAAUAUUGGCCUGAAGUUCUACACUCCGGAAGAAUUGAUCAAGGACCAGAAGCCUUCAGCAUACAACAUGCCUGAGUUUGACCCUAGAAAACUGAGUGCUGAGACCAAUCUUGUGGAGUCCCCUCGUGGAGCGCAGAUCGUCUCUCCAUCACAGGAAAUUGUCGUUUUUGCAGGCUACCCAGCAUCAGGAAAAUCAUUCUUUGCCAGGACGUACAUGGCACCAAAAGGCUAUGUUGUUGUGAACAGGGAUACACUGGGCACCUGGCAGAAGUGUGUUAGCGAGUGUAAUCGAGCCAUCAAGGAGGGAAAGAGUGUCGUGGUCGACAACACAAACCCAGACAAAGAGUCAAGACAGAGGUAUGUUACUUGUGCAGUGAAAUCUGGAGUGCCCUGUCGGUGUUUUGUUUUCAAUAUGUCUAAAGAUCACAUCCGACACAAUGAGAGGUUCCGCGAGAUAACGGACAAGACGCACAAACCAGUGAACGAUAUGAUAAUAAACUCAUUCAAAUCGAAGUUUACGGAACCCAAGAUGGAAGAAGGAUUUAAGGAAGUUGUAAAAAUUAACUUUGUUCCCAAGUUUGAGUCAUCUGUCCACGAAAAGCUAUACAGACAAUUCUUACUGGAGAAAUAAAGAGAACACACACAUGGCAUCUAUGCACCACAAGAACAACACAAGGAUUAAUUAAUAAGAGAUAGACACUAUAUCCAUGGAAACUGCUGACAUUAAAUAAACUCUUUUCUAUGGAAACUGAUUAGACGGAGUACACACUGUUUCUGUGGAAACUAAAUAUACUGGUUCUAUGGAAACUGCUAAGAUCAAGUAGAGACUGUUUCCGUACAAACCGCAGACUAAAUAGACUAUGAAGCCUGCUAAGAAAGAGUAGACACUGUAUCUGUGGAAACUAAGACCGAGUAGACUGUUUCUAUGGAAACUGCCAAGACUCAAUAAACAUGUUUCUAUGAAAUAUUAUAUACACUGUUUCUGUGAAAACUGCUGAAUGCGAAUACACACUGUUUCUAUGAAAAUUGUUGAGUGUACAUAAUCUUGUUUCCUCCGACAUUCUAAAAAGCUGUAAUACUUUAAAAACAUUUUAAUAAUCCCAGAACAACAUUAACCUUGGGGAGCAGCUUAAAUAUAUAUUUCAUAGUCAUUCAUAGUUCUGAAAAAAGUAAGAAUGGGGAAAACAAUUCUUAAAAAGGCAAUUUGAAUUUGUCGAAGUGAGCAAGAUGUAUAGCGGGUUUUGGAGGCAUGCUCUCUAGAAAAGUUUGAAAUAAAGAUGCUCAGAGAUGUGAUUUCAGUGCAGUUUAGUGACAGAAAACAUUUUACAGAUAAACGUAUUUUGUAGAUUUCUAUUUUGACCAUGGUAACUGUACAGCAGUAGUUUACAACAAAUAUUUGACACACACCACUAAUUACGAUUUUUGUUUAUAAGAUCUUUUUUAUUUGAUUAUGCCAGAAUAUUUUAAUGUAUUCUUUGAAUUAUCAUUUUAGAAUAGUUGUGGUCUGUAAUGUCAUAAACGUAUGAAACGAAGGGGUGGAGCCUGCAAAUCUCUGAAUAUAGGCAAAAACUAUUCGGGCAAAAUGAACUGGCCUGAAAUGUUUUCAAUGUGUAUUUUCAUCAUUCCACUCGCAAUAUUAAUUGUAAUCUAUAUAAAAAUGCAUAGUGAUUCAUUUGCAACCACAUAUAGCUGUUUGCUAGUAAUGCUAAUGAAUAAAGGUUGUCAAUGCUAUCCAGA